AUGGAGAAUAGCGGCUAUGCUGGAGGGUUAGUGGUUGCCUGGAAGUUGUAUGAUAUCAGACUCAUUAUGGGCAAGAAGGAGAUGCAAUUUAUCCAUUUUAAAAUGGAGAUUGAGAAGGAGGAGUGGUAUUUUACUGCUAUUUAUGCGAGCCCUAAUGAGCUACAGAAAAAUCUUCUUUGGAAGGAGCUGCAGAAUUUAGCUGGUAGUAUUAAGGUAUCUCUCAGUAGGUGCAAGAGAUUUAGAGACAGGAUGGAUACUUGUAGAGUGAAUGAUGUAGAGUCUAAUGACCCUAAAUUCACGUGGAGGGGUCCCAUUUAUCAUGGUGGUCAAAGAAUCUAUGAGAAGUUGGAUAGAGCUCUGAGUAAUGAUGACUGGAGAAUCCAAUUUCCGAAAGCCUAUGUGAAGUUUUUGGUUAGAGUGGAGUUUUCGGAUCACCACCGUAUUCUCAUUAACCUUAAAGAGGAUAAUUUCGAGCACGCUCCAAACUCUUUUAGAUUCGAGAAUGUGUGGGUUCUGAAUGAAUCAUAUCAUGAUAUGCUUCAAAAGUCCUGGACAACGAACAUUCCUAUUAGAAUAAAUCUCAAUAAUGUUGUUGAAGACAUCGAUAGGUGGAAGUUUGACACCUUUGAUAAGAUCAAAAGAAGGAAGAAGGAGAUUAUUAAAAGGCUUGAAGGCACGCAGAAAAAGCUUCAGCUACAGGACAAUUAUGGCGGCAUGAGGAAGCUGGAAGCUAAUUUACAAGAGGAACUUAGUGGUAUCCUUAAUCAGGAGGAAAUUAUGUGGCAUCAAAGAUCGAGGACUACUUGGAAUAAAUAUGAUGUGGGAUAUUCGAUUCUCAGUAGUGAUAGAGUGAAUGAGAUAAAGGGUGAGAUUAGCUAUGCUAAAGUUAAAAAUGAUGUGUUUUCCAUGAAGCCGUGGAAGGCGCUAGGUCCCGAUGGAUUUCCAGCAGGAUUCUAUCAAAAGUCUUGGGAUGUUGUUGGUAAUGAUGUUUAUAAUUUUGUGAAGGAAGAGUGGAAGUGCCCUAGCAUGAUUAGUGAAAUAAAAAAGACAAAUAUAUGUCUUAUACCAAAGGUGGAGCAACCUCAAACUAUCAAUCAAUUUCGGACAAUUUCUCUGUGCAACACGAUCUACAAAAUUAUCAACAAGGUGGCGGUUAGUAGAUUAAAAUCGUUUAUGGCUUAUCUUGUCUCCCCGUAUCAAACCGGGUUCGUACCUAGUCUCUCUAUUCAUGAGAAUAUUAUCAUCGCGAAUGAAGUAACGCACUGCAUGAAUAACAAGAAAGGGAAGCAUAGGCUCUUUGCCAUCAAGAUUGAUUUGUCUAAAGCUUAUCACAAGCUUAAUUGGGAGUUUAUUUGGAGAAUUAUCAGUGAAGUAGGAAUUCAAGACGACAUGAUCAACAUUAUUAUGCAUGGUGUUAUUAGUGUUGAAACGAAUGUCAACUGGAAUGGUAAUCAUAGUGAGUUCUUUAGGCCUCACCGGGGUAUUCGUCAGGGGGACCCGAUAUCCCCGUAUCUCUUUGUUAUGUGCAUUGACAAGUUGUCCCACUUGAUUGAGCAUGAGAGUUACUCUCGCGAAGAGUGUUAUGGAAGCUAUUCCAGUUUAUCCAAUGAUGACAAGCAUUUUGCCGAUUGCGAGCAUCAAACAUAUUCAGAAGUUACAGCGAGAUUUAUAUGGGGAGACACUAAGGAUAAAAAGAAGUUUCAUGCUGUAAGCUGGGAUGCUGUCACUAAACCAAAAGAUGCUAGAGGUUUAGGUUUACGAGAUAUGCAUGUUAUGAAUGAGUGCAAUACUAUGAGAGGAAAGUAUAAGAUUGAGAGUAGAAACACUCAGCUUAAAGAAAAAGGCUCUAAUUCAGCCUUGUGGAAAUCCAUUGUGAAAACCUCUGCUAACCUUCGAGAGCUUGGUGUUUGGAGGACUGGUGAUGGUGCAGAUGUAAAGACGUGGCAAGAUUGUUGGGUAGAAGCUGGGGAGGAUGGUGACUGGAAUUGGAGGAUUAUGGAGUGGAUUCGACCAUAA